AUGGGAAAGUGGCGCUAUGGAGUCGUUCUGGACGCUGGCUCCUCUGGCACGCGCGUCCACGUGUACCGCUGGCUGAACAGCGACGCCGCGCGCAAAGGCGCAACAGACGCCCAGCUGCACGCCCUGCCCGUCGUCGAGACGGACAGGAAGUGGACCAAGAAGAUCCACCCGGGCAUCUCCACCUUUGGCACCCACCCGCACGACGUCGGCCCCAACCACCUCGACAAGCUGCUCCGCCAUGCGCUCAAGCACAUCCCCGCCGCCGACGUCCCGGACACGCCGCUGUUCCUGCUCGCCACCGCCGGCAUGCGCAUCCUGCCGCCCGUCCAGCGGAAAGAGGUGCUCAACGAGGUCUGCGACUACGCACGCAAGCACACAGCCCUGCAGCUGCCCGACUGCGCCCUCCACGUCCAGGUCAUACCCGGCGAGACAGAGGGCCUGUAUGGCUGGAUAGCCGCAAACUACCUGCUGGGCGGCUUCGACAGGCCGCAGAGCCACGACCACGGCAAGGGCCACAGCACGUACGGCUUCCUGGACAUGGGCGGCGCCUCGGCCCAGAUGGCCUUUGCCCCAAACGCCACCGAGGCCGACAGGCACGCAAACGACCUGACCCUCCUGCGCCUCCGCACCCUCGACGGGACACCGCUCGAGUACAAGGUCUUUGUGACGACGUGGCUGGGCUUCGGUGUCAACCAGGCGCGCCAGCGCUACGUCCAGGCGCUGCUCGACUCGACCUCAUCCAAGGAACUGCCAGACCCUUGUCUGCCCGCUGGCCUGGACGUGGACGUCACCAAAGAGGGAAGGUUCCUGGAGAUCGACUCUGGCGAUGACGCCGACGACGACGACGAUAGCGACGACAGCGACGAGCCUGCCGCGAAAUUGCACGGGACUGGAAACUUCCAGGAGUGCCUGCACCAGACGUUUCCCUUGCUGGAGAAGGAGAAGGAGUGUCUGGACGAGCCUUGCCUGCUCAACGGGCAGCACGUGCCCGCCAUCGACUUCGACGUCAACCACUUCGUAGGCGUAUCCGAGUACUGGCACACGACACACGACAUCUUCGAGGACAAGCACAAAGACAAAGCCUACGACUUCAAGACAUACCAAGAGCGCGUGAGCGACUUCUGCAACCAGGACUGGAAGCACAUACAAAAGGGCAUCGACAAGGGCAAAUGGGGCAAGAAAGUCGACGAGGACAAGGCGCGCGAGGUCUGCUUCAAGGCGUCCUGGAUCAUCAACAUGCUGCACGACGGCAUCGGCGUCCCCCGCGUCGGCAUCGAGCCGCUCCCCGACUCCAAAAACACCACAAAGGCCGUCCUGGACGAGGCCAAAGCAAAAGGCUUCCUCGACCCCUUCCAAGCCGUCAACAAGAUCAACGACGUGGAAGUGUCGUGGACGCUCGGCAAGAUGGUCCUCUACGCCGCCUCCGAAGUCCCUCCUCCCGACUCGAAAGCGCUCGCGGUAGGCUUUGGCUCCAACGAAGCCGGCAUUCCAGAAGACUUCCAGUACCCCGGCGGCUCCUACCUCCCCUGGAACCACGACCCGCUCGACGACGACAACUGGCACCGCCUGUUCGUCGAGUACCCGUCCCGCAUCCCCGCGCUGCUCGUCAUGAUUGUCAUCGUCCUGCUCAUCUUCAGCAUCAUCCUGGGCAAGGAGAAACGCAGCGUGGUCCGCCAGUACGCCGCGUCCCUGUUCAAGAAGAAGCCCGGCAAAACCCACACCCCGCUCAAAGGCAAGCGGCGCGGCUUCCUCCCCUCGAAACUCUUCGGCCUUGGCGGCUCCGGCUCCGGCUCCCACCAGACGUACGAGCGCGUCGACGCGGGCGAAGACGGGCUCUCGCACAACGACUUUGAGCUCGAAGAAACCUACCUCGACUCUUCCGACGACGACCGCCACUUUUCCGAUGAUUCGGAGGCGUCGCGCGUCGGCCGCACAAGCGGGUGGGCCACGCCGCAGAUCCAGACGUCUGAGCCGCUCACUGCCGGCUACUUUGGCGCUGCAGGACAGCCGGAUCUGGUGUCGGCCGGCCAGGGACUGGGGCUGGGGCCCCUGAAUGCCAUUGAGCGCGGUGGUCUGCUGGCGAGGACGGACAGCAGGGAGCGCAUACGGAGUCGGGCGAGUAGUCCGAAGCGCGGGCGGAGCAAGAUGGGCAAUCUGGAUGAGUGA